AUGACGACAGUUGAUCUCCUGGUCAUUAUUUCCAAUGUGAUAAUCUACUACAUGCUUUACUACUAUUUCCCAUUUUCAUUUCUACACUUCACCUCAAUAAGGAGCAUCAAUGAGGUGAUCAACUACACAGCUGUUGACUGCUCUGUUUGGCUCACGGUCGCUUUCACUGUCGAUCGCUUUGUCCUCAUUUGUUGCCAGAGGUUGAGAGCAAAGUAUUGCAGGGAGGAAACUGCAGCUGUGGUUACAGUGAUUGUAAUGAUAAUUUUCUCAUUCAAAAACAUCCCCGUGUACUAUGCUUUUGAGCCAAUCUAUAUAAUUAACAAUGUGGAAUGGGGUGCUCAUUUAAAACCGGACUAUUUUACCUUACCAGAAUGGAUAACCUUUGACUGGCUUGAUACAAUUUUAAACCCACUAUUGCCAUACUUUCUCAUUUUACUGCUCAAUGCACUGACUGUUCGACACAUUGUGAUGGCCAAUCGAACCCGCAGAGCUCUGCAAGGUCAACGCAACACCCAGAACAGCGACGAUCCAGAGAUGCAGAGCCGAAGGAAAUCCAUCACUUUAUUGUUCGCCAUUUCUGGCACUUUCAUCGUGCUGUGGAUGCCAUACGCUAUAUUUUUCCUCAUUUCUAGAAUUACAGAUACAUUUUAUGAACCAGAUCAUUAUAUGGAUCCCUUACUUAUUGCAGAAUAUACUGGCGAUAUGUUUCAACUGCUGAGUUCCUGUACAAACACAUGCGUUUAUGCAUUCGCUCAGUCUAAAUUCAGAGAACAGUUGCGAAUUGCAAUAAUGUCUCCAUUCCUUGCAAUUAUUAAAUGCGUCAAAUACUUUUUCAUUGCAUGA